AUUAUAGUUUUAAGUUGUAACACAAAAUUUAAAGUACCAAUUACAAACACAAAAGUGUUAAUCCUUAAAAGUAAGUAUGCAUGUAUAUAUCUAUAUACCUAGUGGGGAAAGAAAUGCAUGGGAGAGUGGGUACGUUCAGAGCCAAUAUAAUGACGUUCCUUUUCUCUACUCCAUUCAGUGAGAAUAUUGAAGCAAGAGCCAGUAAGCGUGGUUAAUAUUUUAAUAUUUUAAAAUAUUUAUUAUUAUAACCACAUGAAUAAAUUAAAAUUUAACAAUUAAAAUAUCAACAAUUAUUAAUCUUACUUACAGUCAUUAAGUGAAGUGUUUUAUUUUAUACGUGAGAAUAAUAGUUAUUGUUGAAAAAUAAAUAAAGAGCCAUCAAUAAUGUCCAGUGGUGUAAUGUCUAGAAUGGAAACUUUUACUCCAAGAUUGUGUUUAAAGGCAGUGGAUCAGUAUGAAACAAUAUUACAGAGCCGAUUAUCUAAGUCCACAAAAAGCCCACGGAAUCAGCAAAGAGUAAAAAAUGAGUCUUCAAAUACUUCAAUAGGCAGGAGCUAUUCUGUGUUUCGGCAAUGGAAAAAAAAUGACCGUGAUAGUAAAUGCAACAUGGACGUGAGCUAUAUUGAUGAUACUAAAACAAAUUCUUUGUCUUCUUCGUUGCCUAAUGUUAAUUACUCACAAAUGGAACACUUUCCACUUGUUAUGUCAGAUGCUACUAUGCUCGAAGAAGAUAAUUCGCUUAAAUUUUUAGCUUUGAAUGCUCUUGAUUUGAUCGCACCAGCAAGCGAUAUUUUAUUAAAAAACCGGCUAAAGUCAUGGUUUCAACUGUCGGGUCAUCCUGAUGGACUGGCACCAGCGGGCCCUGGAACUGUAUGGAAACGUCGAACCGGUGGAACUGAAAAUACAGAACGUGCAGUUUAUGAAGAAUUAUCAAAAGAUGCUCUAAUACGAGAUUUUAUACCAAAGUACUACAGAGAAGUAGAAUACAAAGGCGACACAUUUAUUGAACUUCAAGAUUUGCUUUUUGGUUUUACUGAUCCUUCUGUAAUUGACAUUAAACUUGGUACUCGGACUUUUCUAGAAUCGGAAGUAUCAAAUAAUGUUGCAAGAACUGAUUUGUAUAAAAAAAUGAUAAGUGUUGAUCCAAAUGCGCCAACUAAUUUUGAACAUGAAAACCAAGCAGUAACUAAACUCAGAUACAUGCAGUUUAGAGAGCAACAGAGUUCUACUUGUAGUCAUGGAUUUAGAAUUGAAGCUAUGAAAUUACCUGGAGCACCGCCAAUUACAAAUCUUAAAAAAAUAAAAGAACAUGUAGCUGUUGUAGAAACAUUGAAGCUUUUUUUGGGAAGAUAUAGUAUUACUUAUGAAAAGUUACUAGAACAGCUAAAAGAUAUGAGGUCACGAAUCGAAGCUUCUUCUUACUUUAAUACACAUGAGGUUAUUGGAAGCAGUAUUUUUAUUAUUUAUGACGAAAAAAAAAUAGGAGUAUGGUUAAUUGAUUUUGCCAAAACAUACAAAGUGCCUAAUGGAAAGGAGCUGUCUCAUCGAAAACCCUGGAAGGAAGGAAAUCAUGAAGAAGGUUUUCUUCUGGGAAUUGAUAAUCUUAUAUCUACAAUUGAAGAAAUUAAAAUAACUUUAUGAGACUUGAAAUAAUAUUGAUAUAAAAUAUUUCUCAAUAUUAACAUGAAGACUUUAUGAAUAAUUUUUAAACAAUGUAAUUUUUAAUAUUUUAUUUAUUAUCUUUUGUAUUUUAAUACGUAAAUAUUUAUUAGCUGAAUUCAAUUUAUCAGUAGUGUCUUUGAAAAUUAGAAUGUAAUUUUCAAAAUACAUGCAUCUAUAUUUAUUAAUAGGCUAUUUGUUUUUUUUUUCUUUUUUAUCAUGCAUUGAUAUUACAAAAUUAUUUAAGAUUAGAUAAUGUACAAACUUGUUCAAUGCUAAAAAUAUAAAAAAAGAAUAUUUCAAACCAAA